AUGGAUCAUAUUAUUAAUAAUAAUGAAAAUGAAAAUUUAUUUUGGAAAGUUUAUAGAAAUGUUUAUUUAAAUAAAAAAAUAUUUGAACAGUUAGAAAUAGUGUUGGAUAUUAAAUUUAAAGAUUAUAGAAUGUAUAAUUCUAAAUCUAGAAUUAAAUUUAAAGAUAUUAAUUCAUUAAAAUGGAUGAUAGAUAAUUGUGAAUUUGAAAUUUUAAAGAAAAAGAUUGAAAAUGAAGAAUUUAUUCAAAUUUGUGUGUUUGGUAUGAAAUCAUUGGCAAAAAUAAAAGAUGAAAACUUGUCAAUCCAACUAUUAAAAAUGUUAAUGAAUAAUCAAAGAGAUAAUUUGGAACCUUACAUUAUUGGUGUUGCAAUAGAAUAUGAAAAAUUAAAAAUGAUAAAAGUGCUAGUUAAUGAACCAUACUCUAUGGAAAUAACUAGAUUUAAUAUUGAUCAAGCAGUUCAAACAUGUUCAGCUCAAUUUUUGGAUGAAUUAUUGUUAAUGUGUGACUUUGAAUUAAGAGAAACCUGCAAAAAUUUUAAAUUAUCCCUUAUUCAUCAGUCAAUAAAUAAUUCUAAAAAUAAUGAAAAUAAUGAUAUAUUAAAUAUUAUCAUUAAAUAUCCUGAAAUGAUUCUUCCGAUUCAAAAUCGUUUAUAUACUCAAUAUAGUACACCAUAUAUACGUUAUAAUUUACCAAGCUUGACAUCUGCUAAACAAUUAUUUUCAAUAUUUGAAACUAAUUUAUUUAAAAAUGAAUUUAAAGUCACAAAAGAUUUAAUUACAGUAAUUAUCAGGGAUCAAUUUAAAUAUCCAUUCAAUAUUUCAAAAUUAUUAGUUUUAUUUGGAUUGUAUAUACAGAAUUUAUAUUUCGAUGAAUCUCAACAAUUGAUAGAUAAAAAACAAGAAAUUAAAUCAAAAAUGUUUGAAAUAUUCGAUAAUAAUGAAACUUCAAUUAAUGAAAAAGAAAAACAAUUAUUUAAAUUAUUUAUUUUAGAAAUUAAUUCAAAAGAAAUUUAUAAAAUUUAUUUUUAUAAAUAUUCAGAAUUAAUUGAUGAAAUGGAUAAUAACUCAAGUUAUAAAACAUUAAGUUUUUUAAAUGUUUUUCAAAAAUUUGAUGAGAUAAUAAAAUUGAAUGAUAAAAAUGAAUUAACAAAUUUCAUUUUAAAAAUUAUUGAUAGUGAAAUUCCAAUUAAAGGUCAAAAAUUCAAAAACUUAUUUAAAAAAAUAAUUGAUACAAUAAUUAAUUAUUUAAUGGAUGAUGAAUAUAAUUAUAAAAUAAUUAUUAAUGAAAUUAAAAGAAAGAAUUUAGAAAAGUUAUUUUCAAUACCAUUUGAAUGGAAUCCAAUUUUAAGAGAAAUUAUGAUUGAACCAAUCGAUGGAGGAUUAAAUAAAUUAUUUAUAAAUGAUAAAGAAACAAUUGAUUGGUUAUCAUCUACAUUUAAAUUAAAAUCAAAAAAUCAUAAAAAUGUUAAAACCAUAUAUAAUAAUAAAAUGAAAAAAGGAUUAGUUCAAUUUUCAACACAUCAACUUUAUACAUACUCAAUUUUAAUGUUAAACAAAUACUCUUAUGGAAAAAGUUUAAUGAGGUCAUUAAUUUAUCCAUCAAUCUAUAGUCAUCCUUUAAUAACAGUAAAUGGAAAUAAAGAAUAUUUAAAUAAAUCAGAAAUUAUGGAACUAUUAUUUAAAUCAAUAAUAUCAUAUAAUUUAAAUGAAACCUUAUUAUAUGUUAGUUUAAUAGAUUUAAAGAAUGAUUUUAAACAGUUUAUUUCAAUUUGGAAUAGAAAAUCAAAAUUAAAUGAAUAUAGAUUCUUAUUUUUAGAUCAAUUAUUUUCAAAAACUGAUAUUGGAACAAUUAAAAAUAUUAAAGUUGAAAUUGUAAUCGAUUCAAUAAAAUAUUGGAUAAAUGAAGCAAAAUCAAAUUUACAAAACAAUGAUUUAGAAUUAUUAUUUGAAACUAUUAUAAAUUAUUUAUAUAAAAAGUUAAUUCAAAAUCAAAAUGUAAAAAUUAAUCAAGUUAUUGAAAUUAGAGAACUUGUUUUAAUAUUAAAUAUUAAAUUAGAGCACACACAAUUUCAUGUAUUUUAUUAUUUAAAUAUCAAAUCACCAAAACUUAUUAAAUAUUUAUUAUUAAAUGAAUCAUUAUUAUCAUCACUUUUGAUUAAUUUAGUUUCACCAUCCUUUAAAUUCCCAGAUGGAUUUAAAUAUUAUUGUAGUAAUUCUGCUAUUAAUUAUAAUCAAAUUCAUCCCACUGAUUCAAUUCCAAUAAUAUUAGAUCCAAUAAAAAUUUCAUUUGAUUUUAUAGUAAACGAAUCAUUUAUGAAUUUAUUAGAAUAUAUUGAUAAAUUUUGGUCAAAUAAUAAUACUUUAAAAGUAAAUAAGCAAUUAUAUUAUUAUUUAGAUAUUAAUAGAUUUGAUUUAUUUUUAAAAGAAUUUGAAGAAAACAAAGAAGCAAAUGUAUUUAAAAAAGCUGGUAAUAUCGCAAUGUUAAAUAAAGAAUUUAUAAGAUCUUUAUCAGUUGGAAAGAUCAAUGAUAGUAAAUUAAUAAACUUUAAAAAAUACAUCGACCUGUCCCAACUAUUUAAAUAUCAAGAAAAUGAAAAAUUCACACAAGAUAUUAUAAAUCAUUCAAUUGUUGCCAAUGAAAAAGAAUUAGUUUCAUUUAUAAUUAAUUAUUUAAAAAUAGAGAAAAUCAAUAUUUAUUGUGAAACUUUUAAUUUAUGCUACUAUGAUAUUUUUAAAUACAUAUUUGAAAAUCAUUCCAAUACUAUUAAAUCCAUUGAUGUUGGAUUUGUUCAAAAUAAAUGUAUAUCAGGAACUGAUACCUUUAUUCAAGACUCUAUAUCAUUAUUUGAAUUAUUUUUAAAAUAUUACCCAAAUUCAUUUGAUAAUAUUUCAUUCAUUGGAAUAACCUCAAACUCAAAAUUACAUCACUACUUUGUAUCAAUAAAAUUAAUGCCAGAAUAUUCCCACACAAACAAAUAA